CGGCAGUCUAUUGAAGACCGUUUAAGAGGUUAUACAUAGCUUUGUACAAUGUGUGGGGAAAUGGGAAAGGCAGUUCUUAGGGCUCUUACGGGGGCCCUCCUGUGCGGUCUGGUGUCCGAUGCAGCCUAUCUACAGCAAUACGAAGACUAUCCUCAAUACCAACAAGUGUACCGCAAGCCUCUCCGGGAGCAUGAGAAGCCACAAGACCUGCGCAACGUGCCAGGAGUUCCAGGAGUUGACUACCCGAUCUACCACGUGGUUCCGGAGACCAGGUUCUCGUGCGCCCAUGUACCUGUACACCCUGGAAUGUACGCCAAUGUUGAGACUGGAUGCCAGGCGUAUCACGUUUGUCACGACGGCCGGGAAGGACACCAAGGAGCUUCGUUCUUGUGCACAAACGGAACUCUCUUCGACCAGGCGAAGUUCGCGUGUGACUGGUGGUACAAUGUGGACUGCUCGCAGGCUAUUGAACAUUACAAGCUGAAUGCUGAUCCAUUGAAGAACCCGUAUGUUCCGAAACCUAAACCGCAACCAGUGCAGCAUGAACCAGAAGUACCAUACGGCAUUUAUUAUAAGGAACACUAAACUAUUACACCGAAAGUAAGACAAGGCCGGCUGUUUCAAAUUAAUUUUUACAUAAAACAUAAAAUUUUCAGCGUCACCUUACUUUGAUAUCAAUUUAACUGUUUUGUUCAAGCGGCCUUUAACCGUCGCCAUCCUUUAUACACUCAUUUACUUAAAGUUAAGGAUACACAAGCAAGUUCAAAGUUAAGUUAUGAUAUAACUUGGUAGAUAUUAUCUUCAUUUAGAAUGACCGACCCGCCUGGUUUUCUUAUAGGAUAUUGUUAUCAGCCGCAGACUUAGAUUAUACUAACGUUUAGACAGACAACAUACAGCCCGAUAACGCGGGAAAUAUUUGGAUUUGUCAAUGUAUGCUUUAGUAAGCUCAACCGACGGUCAGCGCUAACGUCGGUCGAGCGUAGCGUGUAUCCGUACGCGCCGACCAUGUUGCGUUUAGUGCUCAGCUUGAUUUCGCGUGUACAAUUGCGAAGAAAAAUGAAUCCAUUUUAAAUAUUUUUAAUAUGUGCGUACUACUUUCGCAAACGAUUACGGAAUAGAAGACUUUGAAGAUAUCAUGUUUACCCAGUUAAUAUAGAGCGUCAAAUUGAAGGAGAAAUUAAAUAAAAUAUUCGAACAUGCCGUAGUGCUGGAACACAAUUUUUUGUUUACGAAUUUUGAAUACGAUGUUACAUACGCGCGUACGGUCGGUCGCUCGGUCAGCGUCGCACUGAACGCACUAAUUUAUAGUCAAAGCGCGUCAGCGGACCGCCGUACGUCGGACCGACGAGCUCGACCGAUGAUUAUCGUCAACGUGACGUCGUAGCUCUACGCGCGUAGCAAUUCAUAUCGCGACAAUUCAGACGCUCAACCGACGUCAUUGCUGAUCAUCGGUCAUUGCUGAGCACUAAAUGCAGCCUAAGCUUAAUAUUAAAACUACGAAGGAACUUGUAAAUCAAAAUUGGUUACGGUAACAACAGAUAGGCUUUCCAUUUCUAUCUUGCUGUAUCUCCGUUAGAUAAGAUCUUCUCUAAUGCGAGCUGUGUUUGUCUAUGCACUAGUUUAUUGUUAAUCUAUAAUUUUAGCAUCAUCACAUCAGAACGAAAUUUUAAACACCCAAUAUUCCAAAUCUUUUACUAAAAUUCAAUUAUUUUUAGUAAAAUUGUCUUUUCACAUAGGCACAUAAUUACCUACAGAUAAGUAGAUCCAAAUUUGCAGAAUCUGAAAAUUUAAAUCAAAUCAAAAGCCUUUUAAUAAUAGGCUAACACCAAAAUGGCGCCCUAUUUAUUUAUCACUUCAUUAAACAUUUCACAUUAUUUAUAUUCAUAUAUUAUAUUUUAUAUUAAUCUUGCCGAAUUCAUCAUAAGGUUAAUAAUACUCAUAGCUUAUAAUAAUGGGUAAUAAAUUAAGACAAAUUAUGAUUAGAUUUAAUAAAAAUAACGCACAAUA